AUGUCUCGUCGAGAAACCAACCCUCAUUUUUCAAGAUCAUCACAGCCUGAAUAUAUAGAUGAUCGUGAUACCGAACCUUAUCCACUUGUGCCACGCCGAAAACGCCGAGACCAACCAUCCACACAAGUAGCUCCACCUAUACCAGUUGCAUUGCCAGCUGAGCAUGAAGAUCGUGUUCCAUUACGAACACGACCUCAGCAUGAAGACCAUGUUCCAUUGCAACCUCAGGUAGAAGAUCAUCCACACCCACCACCACCUAUUCUCCAAGAACCUCGCCGUGGCAAGCAAAGAAGUCCACGUAGACAGCCAACAAAUCAAGGUUUCCGGCCGGUUAAGUCAAAGGUAAAUUUUCAAGAACCACCUCCCUCGGCUGAUGUCCCUCCACUGCUGCCACCGCUGAACUAUCCCCCCGAGCAUCGGCACCAGCCACGCCGCGAUCCCCGCCUCAGCGGUAUAAAGUUGCCCAAGGAGCAAAAGUCUCAACCCUUGACAUGGUUAGGUGCUUGCUUGUGUGUGAUAUUUUGGCUUAUCAUAAUCAUAGGAGGCUUAAUAGUCCUUAUAGUGUACUUUGUAUUUCGCCCCCAAAGUCCUCAUUUUGAUGUGUCUAGUGUGACCUUAAAUGCUGCAUACCUUGACCUUGGAUACCUACUCAAUGCUGAUCUAACCAUGCUGGCUAACUUCACAAAUCCAAACAAGAAGGUGCAUGUGGACUUCAGCUCAGUGAUCAUUUAUCUCUACUAUGGAAGUACCCUUAUUGCCACUCAAUAUGUUGAGCCUUUCUAUGCUGCAAGGCUUCAAUCAAGGUUUGCAUAUAUCCACAUGGUCUCUAGUCAAGUUCAGCUGCCAUUAAGAGAGAGCCAGAGGCUUGUGAAACAAAUGGAAGGCAAUGGCGUUAUGCUUGAAGUGAGGGGAGUUUUCAGGGCAAGGUCCAAAUUGGGAACCAUCUUAAGGUAUUCAUAUAAUCUUUAUGGCCGUUGCAGUGUCAUGCUAACACGCCCUCCUGAUGGUAUUUUGCUCAAAAAGAAAUGCAGAACAAAGCGCUGA